CGGACCCCGCGCCCGAACGCUUGGCGGGAGGAGAUGGCGGUGCGGCAGCGGCUGCGACAGCUGUUCCAGGACCCGCAGCCCAUGGGGGCCAUUGUACUGGAGCGGGCGCCCGCCCCCGCCGCUACCGCCUGGGCCUCGCCGGCCCCGCCGCCGCCGCCCCCGUCACCGCCGUCGUCUCCCUUGCCGCCGGCCGCGGUGCCGGCAUCGCCGCCGCGGCGACAGGGUCCGCUGCCGGAGGAGUGCGCCGUGUUCCACUGCCGUGGCUGCUGGACGGUGCUGGGGGACUCGCUACAGCUGUGCGGGGAGGAGCCGCCGGGGCUUCGCGUCCUCGUCUGCUUCAAAGUCACCAGCGAUGUGACCUGGGAGGACUCGCUGCUGGUCGGCCUGGAGGGAGCCCUCCUGGGAUGUGCUUAUUAUUUAUUAUUCUGUCGCUCUUGUGGCUUGGCCGUGGGCUUCAUUCUUUAUUCUUCUGGCAGUGACCUGGCGCAUCUCCGGGACUUGUUCUGUUUCUUCAAGGACAGCAUCAUGUGUUACCUCUUAAAAAAUCAAAUGAUUAUAGAAGCUUCUAAGGUGAAUUUUCCAGCUGUGACCUUAAAGGAACACAUGCAGAAUAUGAAAGAAAAGCUUGUGGAGUUAAGUGGUCGUGUAGAAUUAUUGACAAGGAAGCUGGAUAAAAUAAUUAUGUAACAAAGUAAUUGUGUAACAGAAUGGCAAAAUUCUUCAACGGAUUCAGAUGACCUACUAUCAGGAUAUGCAAGAGUUAAUCAACUAAUAUCCAUUUUCAAGAACUGCUGGAGUUGUUUCUGCAUCUCUGCUGAGUUUGGUCAUUAUGAAGAAAUAGUGCACCAGACCAGGUCUGAGUAUUGAUCUGUCACUUUGUGUGUGGAACUGAUGAUGAAGUGCAACCCUUCAGGAACACCUGAGAAUCUGACAUACUAAAGUUAUGCUUGGAAGACUGAACAGCUCAGCCAUGCAGUAUGUGGCUGAGGCUGUGGAAAUCUGACUUUGGUUUUUCUAAUGACUUCAGGGGAAAAACUUAGAAAUACUGAAGUCAGGUUUCUGGAGCUAUGCAAAACAUACUUAACAAGGUGAUGGUAUUCAAGAGCCACCAUUACAAACUGAACCUUCUUAAAAACCUAAAGCUCUUGUCCUACCUUUUAAUACAGACACAUUGUUAAUGGCAGCCUUGGUUUUAAUGGCAGCUAGAUUUUGGUCAUGUGGCUCAUAGCUACAUCUGAUAUGUGAGCCACUGCUAAAUGGACUCCUAAAUAGUUUUGAGAUUUGCUUGUGUGCAUUGCCUGCAAAAGCAGCAGAUGAGCACGUCACAGAUGCUGCAAUGAGUCUGGAUGGCACCAUGGAGGCAGAACACAAGGUUUGCAUUUCAGGUAAAGGGCAACCCAUGUGCUUGCCAAGUCUGCUGAAGUACAGCCCCAGGAACAGGACUGAAUCAAAUUUUGCCAGCUAAGGCUGUGAGGAACUGCCUUGAACAGAUUUGAGCAUUUCUGGAAUGUUAACUAUGAAAGCAAGGAACAGUCUUCUGCACAAUUGUGGAAGCACUGCUUUCCUGAAGUUAUGACUGCCUGUUGCCUUCAACUGGCUAGUUAAGAUGUUUCAUAAAAAAAACCUACUUUUGGCUCAUUGGCACCUCUCUCUGUUGAAAAUUGGUUCUGCUUAUUUCCAAAUAUUUAGAAAAUAAUUUUACAGAAAAGAAAGCACUACUUACCCUUUGUUACUGGGACAGAAUAUCCCUAAUUCUUGUUUUUGGAAGAUUAAGGUCCCUUUUCCUCUCCCCUUUGCUGUCUAAAGGGCUAAUGUUUUUCCCUAAAGGGAUAAUGAAAUUUAUGGAAAGUUUAGUAGUUGUCUGUGGUAGUCUAGAGAGGAUUAUAUUUACCUGAUCAGCUUAAUUCCAGUGAUGCAAACUGCCUUCUCCUUCCAUAUAUAUGACCAGCAGGUUGCAGACCUCAUUGCUGCUGCUGCCAGUUCUGUGUUUUGUCUUAUUUGUAAAAUAACUGCUUGGAGCAGAGGGAACAAAACUCACUGUAAGGCACCUCAGAGGUUUUAGGUGGGCAACUGGUACUUAGGCUAAUACUAAUCUCACUGUGCUGCUUUCUGUUUGGGAGUUGUUAUAGUCUCAGUUCAUUGUUGUAAGCAAAACCAUGGAGUGUCAACAGUCGUUCUGCAAGGAGAGGAGGGACUCUCACAAAUUCUAAUACCACCUUUGUAGUACUUCCUUAGUGCUUGUGUUGUUGUUGCAUGAGUCUAAGAAAUGUGAUUGAUAAUGGGACUGUUUGCUUUUGCCCUUUCAUUCUAGUUUCUGCAUUGAGACUGUUUCUUGCUAUUUUAUCUGUAUUAUGAAUAAUGCUAAAUUGUUUUGCAUUAUUAGUGCUGAUCCCUAAAAGAAAAAGAAAGCUGUCAAUUACAUUUUUGUAUUAUAUUUAAAGUUGUGAAGAAGGAACUUCUUAAAUAAAAGCUGAAACUCAGAAA